AUGACCGCAGCAUCUUUUCCAAGUUCCGAUCUCUCCGAUCAUGCACGCUGGUCCUCAAUGACUGCCAUCCAUAAGGCCACCGGAGGUCAGGACCACGACAGAUUCGACCCCGAUGAUUCUUUUCCGAUGGCGCGCAUAGUUCCGCCCAAGGAUACCGGCAGCGGAGGAGGCGAUGAUGAUAUCACGGCGCCGCAAAAGAUGAUCUCGGCCAUGUCAGGUAGUCUUUUGACAUCGCUUCUAGUGACGCCGCUCGAUGUUGUCCGAAUCCGAUGGCAAUCCCAAAACGUCACGCCGCCGACGGUCGAUUUCUCAAGGCUUGCAAUGACGACCGACACCCUGAAAACAUUCAACACGUCCAACCUCGGAGUUACCGCAUGCUGUCGGGAAGUGUUCUUCAUGAACAACAAUUCGGAGCUAUGCCUUGCGAUACCUCGGGCUGCAGAAGGCGUCGCGGCCACCGCGGCUGCCGACUGUGCCGUCGAAGAAGUCGAACGAAAGACAAUCAGCUCUACCAUGGACGGAUUGAGGAAGAUUGCGCGGAAUGAGGGGUUCACUAGCCUUUGGAGGGGCCUUUCCCCAACUUUGCUAAUGACGAUUCCCGGCAACAUCAUCUACUUUACCGGUUACGACUGGCUGCGAUACAACACUAAGAGUCCGAUUGCGCAACAGUUCAAUGACGAUACCGCGCCAUUGGUCGCCGGCGCGGGAGCCCGCAUCCUCGCUGCCGCCGCCGUGAGCCCGAUCGAGCUUGUCCGCACACGAAUGCAAGCAUCGACCGGCAACUCGACCACGGGCCAUCUCGCAAACGCGUUCCGAGACAUCAAGGAGAUGGUCGGCACCAGCGGCUACACUUCCCUGUGGAGAGGACUGACCUUGACAUUGUGGAGGGAUGUGCCCUUCUCGGGCCUGUACUGGUGGGGAUACGAGACGAUCCGGGGCAAAUUGACCGACAUGCGAGAGACCCGCCGCGGCCGGACGCUGGACAACAGAGGCUCGCGAACCCAGGCACGACGCCGGUCUCAGAGCCAGGAGAAUCACACGGAAACCAUGACGGACAGUUUCAUCGCUGGUGCUGUGUCCGGCGGAUUUGCGUCGAUGGUGACGAUGCCAUUCGACGUGGGCAAGACUAGAACGCAAGUCUAUCGUGACUCCCCACGUCAGGCCCCAGGGGCCAAGGCGGCUGCAGCUGAGCAAGGCUCUAUGGUGCGUUUGCUUUGGCAUAUCUUCACGACCGAGGGAAUCGGGGGUCUAUGGAAAGGAUGGAUCCCUCGGACCCUCAAGGUCGCCCCGGCCUGCGCCAUCAUGAUCAGCAGUUAUGAGGUCGGCAAGCGGGUGUUCAGGGGCGUGAACGAGAAGUCCAGAAGGGACAUGGACUAA